UUUCUUUGCCUUGAUCGCUCGCCUUCCAGUUCUAACCUUUUUCUUCUUCCUUUUACUUUCUUAACAUUUAUUCUCUUUUGAGUCUCUUUCCAAUAUUAUGACUACCCAUAAUAUUGGCCUCAGAAGUGACCCAGGUAAGCCUUUUGACAGGUCCACCACAAGAAGGUUUCAGGCACCUGUUAGGUGUUAUGGUCAUCACUGGUCUCGAAGAACAGUUCAAUUGGGGAGACAGCAAGAAGGCAGUCUGGGGCUCACAGCUCCUUGUGAUAGUUGGUUUCCUUCAUAUCGAUUUAUUAUUGAGACUAGUACUAUAAUAUUCAAGUAGGGAGUAAAACUGAGUGACAUGGGCCCACCAUGGUUGUUUUUCUUUACAUCAAAAUAGGUUCAUUUUGAUGCCUGCUCAAUUUUUUUUUAUACCUAUCUUCUUUCAAUACUUGGUAUUAGAACUGCCUGUCUGAAAAUGGCACUGUCCCUCUUUAUCUGACCGUUUAACUGCCUGUUAUCAAAUUCCAGUAAAAAUAAUAAAUAAUAAAUUGCUUCUCCUCAACUGACCUACUACAAAAAGACAAAUCCGUAUUUAUAUAUAACCAUAUGUUCAGAGUAUUAAAUGUUGCUAAUUCUGUUCUUCAGGCUGCAUGGUUAACUAGUGUGUGUGUGUGUGUGUGUGUGUGUGUGUGUGUGUGUGUGUGUGUCUCACUUUCUUGAAUGCAAUUUAUAUUGGGUAACCUUGGGAUUUUUUUUCUAGGUUUUAUUCCCAGUUUAUUUUCAAACCUUAAGGAGAAUAUUCUGGCUGUUUCAAUGCUGUUGAAACUUCAUGAAUGGCAUUCUUUUACUCUGUGGCCUGUGAUGGCUCUCGUUUCUCUAAUGAAAAUUGCUUCUGGCAGAAAGCUAAUGAUGAAAGCCAGGCCGCUAGGCCUUUUUCAGUGCCUCUCUCUCUCUCUCUCUCUCUCUGUCUCUCUCUCUCUCUCUCUCUCUCUCUCUAUCACUGUCUCUCUCUCCCCCUUUCCUACUGCGUCCAAUUUGCCAUUAUUAUUCCAAAGACGAAUCAGCUAAAAAUGCACUCCCUCCAUUUUGUUCAUCAAUAAAACUUUUUUUUUCAUUUAGAAAGUUUCCUAGGAAACAGGUUCGCUUUUGUCGCUAGUGUUUUGUCAGUGCUGUUUUCAUCUGCUGGGUAACCGAGUACAAAAGCUAAGUGUCAGCCCUGAAUCUGAGCUCAGUCUGAGCUUGAGGUGGGGUGGACAAGUUUGGUUUUGGGUUCUAUUGUAGGUUUUAUUUUAUUUGUUGUUUUGGUUUCAUUUCUGAGGCUGUUCCACCAGCAGACCAAGACACUGAUGUCAUUGCAUUAGGUCACAGACCAAAAUGCCCAGUACCUAAUAUCCCCUCGACACUGGAUAAGCAGACCAACUGGUCAAAAGCGCUACCUCUACCGACCCCAGAUGAGAAAAUGAGAAUAGAGUCCCAAGUGAUAUCAUCGUGCAUUAUUCCCAUUAAUGUCACUGGUAAAUUUGCUGAUUUUCUUGGGGUUGGUUUUGACAGAGAAGCCAGUGUCCGUUGUUCUCUUGUUCAUUCUCAAUCAGUGCUACAGAGGAGACGGAAGUUAAGGAGAAGAAAAACCAUCUCAGGCAUUCCCAGACGAGUGCAGCAAGAAAUAGAUUCUGACGAAUCUCCGGUGGCGAGAGACAGAAACGUUAUUGUGCACACAAAUCCAGACUUCUCCCUGUGCCGCGAAGAGCUGAAUGGCCGUUCUUGCACAAGGGACUCAGGCUGCCAGACGGAGGAUAUUCUGAUCUCUGCACCCUCCCGAAGACGGAUCCGAGCCCAGAGAGGUCAAGUUAUCCCAGCCUCCCUCUCGCACUCCACCGGCAACAUUACAGCGCUGCCAGACAACUCUGAUCCCAUGUUUACAGCCUCAGUGGGCAGCCGUCUCCGCUCGCGCAGCCUUCCCCGUGAAGGGGGUAGAGUCGUGGAUGAAGACCACGACAGCAAUGAAGAGCUGUCGCCUUACGAAGCUGAGGAGUUCCUGCCAGGACCCGAAAGGGCCAUGAAGGAGGAGGAAGAAAGCACAGACGACCAAACUAUGCCAGAACACCAGCUGGUUGGUCUAAAGUGCAAACAACACGUCAGCAGCCCAGACCACAACUGGAAUGAAAGAGGGAGGUCUAGGCUUCCCAGGAAAGCAGAUAUGGGAAGCUGUGAGAUUUCGUCCAGCUCAGAUACUUUCAGCAGCCCCAUUCACUCCAUUUCCACAACAGGAGUGCUGGGAAGCCAGAUAGACCACAAAGAGGAUCACCAGUCCUCCAGCGGCAACUGGAGUGGAAGUAGCUCCACUUGCCCUUCACAGACUUCAGAGACCAUCCCCCCUGCUGCUUCCCCUCCCCUGACGGGAUCUUCACACUGUGAUUCGGAGUUGUCGCUGAACAUAGCUGCCCACGCCAGCGAUGACCCCACUGGCUUCAUAAUAGACCCUUACCAGACAGACAAAGUCAGAGGCCAUAGGGCGAGUUCCUUUACCUCGACAGUAACGGACCUGCUGGAUGACCCCAUCAUGAGCAAUGCGAGUGACAACGAAUGGAACUACCUGCACCAUCAGCAUGGCAAGUCCUGCCAUCAGGAUUUUAGCCCUCCUCGUUCCAGGGAUGAUGAGGGAGGCUUAGAGUGUCCGAGUUUCACAAGCAUGGCCACCUACGAAAGCUUUACAGAUAAGCCAGUGUCCGAGAAAGCAGACACAAGCUCCCACUACUCUGUCGACACAGAAGGCUACUAUACCUCCAUGCACUUUGACUGUGGUUUUAAAGCUAACAAAAGCUACAUUUAUAACUAUGCAGCCAUGGGCCCUGAAUGCGGCCAGAGCAUAAAUGUUGCACCUGGUAUGGGCGGAUAUUGUCAGCAAGACUACCCGGGCCACAGGUCACCAGGAAGGCAGAGUCUUUCCUUUAAAAAACCAAAGGCAAAGCCAGCCCCACCAAAACGCAGCUCGUCAUUGAAGAAAACAAGCAGAGGUGCAAGCGUUCCUGACACGAAAGAACCAAAGAUAAACAGCGGGCAGCACCUGCCUUUGUCUUCCAGGGAAAUGAAACUUCAGCUUGACUUGGCCAGCUCCCCAGGCCACUUGGAGAACCCCACUUCAGGCGACAAACCAGUAGAGCCCUGGGAAAUUGCGAAUGAAGAAGAGUUGACAGAUUCCACUACAUUUGGCUCAAUGGAUAACCAUUCCUUUAAAAAUGAAGGUGCUGUACAGUCUGACUAUGCAGAUCUCUGGCUCCUGAAUGACUUGAAAUCCAAUGACCCCUACCGAUCGUUGUCCAACUCCAGCACUGCUACUGGUACAACAGUCAUUGAGUGCAUCAAGUCACCAGAGAGCUCAGAAUCACAGACAUCCCAUUCGGGAUCGAGGGCCACAACGCCAUCUCUUCCGUCAGUAGAAAAUGAGUUUAAACUCGUCUCUCCCGAAAAGCUGGCUGGCUUGGCAUCGCCAUCUAGUGGGUACUCUAGUCAAUCUGAAACACCAACCUCUUCCUUUCCCUCAGCUUUCUUUCCAGGGCCCUUGUCUCCGACUAGCAGCAAGAGGAAGCCCAAAGUCCCAGAGAGGAAGUCUUCGCUGUCUUCCCAGCAGCAGCAGCCGCCUUCCUCCAGAGACAGAAGUGCUUCAUAUAGUAAAGACCUUGAGCUACCAAUUAUACCUCCGACCCAUCUCGACCUAAGUGCUCUUCACAGUGUUAACAACAAGCCUUCAGCUCACAGAAACCAGAUGCACAUACUCCAUCAAAACAAGCAGAAAGCUGCAGCAGCAGCAGCAGCAGCGGCAGUGGCAGCUGCAGCAGCAGCAGCGUCUUCUGAAGCAUCGAGCUCCAGCCCUUCAACUCCUCUCGCCAUCACCCCCACUGUGCUCCGAUCAGUCCAGCUGCGGUCUGUCUACAAGCCCAAUGAGGGCAACCAAGAUAAGCUCAGAGCUGAGGCUAACACAAAACUGAAAUGCCCUGUGACAAUCGUCACCCCGCCCAGUAUAAUCAAGUCGCCUGAAUCAAAGAAACCGCCUGGGUCCUUCCGACCCUUUGAUUCCCGUUCUCAGGAGUCCUCUCUAAUGCUGUUAACCCCAGGAGAUGGACCCUCAUGUAGGGAUGUAGCAUUUCAGGACAACACUAAAUAUAAGCAAGAGAAAGUAGUGUCUGAACCCUUAGGGGCAGCAACAAAUGAACCCCUUACAGACUCGUCACGCACGGCAGACAAUCUGUUACUAAAGUCGCCAUUACAGACUGAGGUAGAUCAUCCAGGGAAUGAUCUUCUGAAGGGCCCAGAUGACUGCACAGGGCUGUCUGGGAAUGCAGCACACCCCGAAGAAGAAGAACAAGAGAUGAUCGCUUCAAAGAACCUGUUUCCUAGUAACAGCCAGGCAACAGUGCACAACCAGCCAUCAAUACAUGAGCUGGCCACUGAAAUGCCAUUAGUGUGUCUGACGAAAACGUGUUUGCUUCCUGCUCCCAACAAUAUAGCGAAGAAGCUUGACUUUGAUUCUUGCAACAGUUUUGACAAAGUGCCUGUAAUUGUAACUUAUCAAUCAGAAACAUCUCAAGCUUACACAAUCAGUGAUACAAGUAGUAGAGAACAGGAAUAUGAAGUGACAUCAGGUGUUCCUACCAGAAGUGCCUCAGAGGACAGCAGGGAAGAGGGGACAACGCCGGACACUGAUGAUUCAUUCAGCAAAGAAUCUUCUCCGAGUGACAACUCACUUUCUCCACUGAGUGAAGAUACAAAGUCUGAGGAUGACAGUGUUUUUAUAUCUCCUAACAGACUACGAACCACAGAAGAUCUUUUUGCCAUGAUUCACAGAUCCAAAAGAAAGGUGCUUGGAAGGAAGGACUCUGGAGAGAUGGGCCGAAACCGAUUGAGUGCUUCAUCGGCCAGUUCACCGGGAACACCGGUUACCCCGGUUACGCCGGGCACCCCCACCACCUCCCAGAGAGCACCAGGACCCAUUUACAGGAGUGCCAAAAAAAGCAGCACCUCCAACGAGGAGUUCAAACUGCUGCUGCUGAAGAAGGGCAGCCGCACAGACUCCAGCUACAGGAUGUCGGCCACAGAGAUCCUGAAAAGCCCCAUCGCAUCCAAGUCCCCCGGCGACCUGAGCAUGGAUGUACCCAAACAUCCAGAGGAGUUUUCUCAUCUCCAGCAGCCCCAGCCAACAGCCGAUCAGCCACCGCCCCCAUCACCGAAAAUGAACGCAGAAGGAUUCUCCCCCAAAACCUUUCCCAUGUCUGCUUCCUCCAGGCAGGGCCGUUCCCGAGUGCCCCCUGCAGCUAACAGCAGCCGCUACAGCAUGCGCAGCCGGCUCUACACCACGCCGAUGCAGGCCAUCUCUGAGGGGGAGACAGAAAAUUCAGACGGUAGUCCUCACGAUGACAGGUCCUCUCAGAGUUCCUCAUAGAUAGACAGAUAGAUAGAUAUUACCAUAUCUACAUUUUUUUAACUGGUUGUGAGUGAGAAAGAGGUCAGUUUCCUCAGAAUUGUGACUACCUAUUGUGCAUAUUUUAAAGACAUGUAAAAAAAAAAAAAAAAAAGGAACUGUUACUAAUUUGUAUGAUUUUUUUUUUUAAUUAAGUGACUGAUUGCUGACUUUUAAAAAAAAAAAGGAAUACAGGGGGAAAAUCGGAUCUGUCUUAUAAUAUUAGUUGUAACAACUGGCAAUACUGUUUUUUUUCUGAAGAAGUUGGUCCUGUUAAAGUUAGGAAAGUAAAAAAUAAGUUUCUAAUGUCUAAAAGAAUAUCAUUGCAGUCCUAAUACUAAAAUCAGGAGACAUAUGUACAUUUAUUUACAGGGAGCCAUACUUAAUCUAAAGAACAGAACCUGGUAGCCUUUGUGAAAAAUCAAAAAAAAUAUAUACCAGAAUGAAAAAAAAAACAAACUGCAACUUUUUUGUACUGUAAUUAUGGGUCCUCAACACUGCAUGCAUUCACAACCCUUAAUCAUUUCAUAUUACUACACACAAUUCAAUAUAUUUGAAGAUAUUAGGUUUUCAAACCUAUGAGUUCUUUGCACUUGAUACUUAUACAGUCGUUAUGGGUACACCCUGUCAUUAUCUUAUUUGAAGAUAAUUUCCCUUGUAUAUAAAAAAAGAAAGUUGAACCUGGAAUCUAGAUUCAUUGUCAUUGCCUGAGACUUACACUUACCCAAUUAGGUUUUCAGGGUUAGCUGGUUCUGUUCUGUCAUGAAUUGUUGUACACACAACAGGAGCGGGUUAUAGAACCUUCUGUAGAUAAUGAAAGUAGUGUUUUUCUUUUUGUGAAAAGGUUUGGUUGUCCUUUUUUUAUCUUACAAAUGUCAAUAACAAAACAAAGUGUGCAGUGUAUGUUCCUUGGUGUUUCAACAGUUAAAGGGAUAUUGUCAAUAUGUUCCUAAAAAAUAAUUUCUUACCUCUUUAAUAUUGUAUUAUGUGGAUUAUGUAUAAUUUUCUGUUUCCGCUUUGAUUGUUAUUUGACAUGCUUAUUAAUUAAAGAUUCUGAAAAGAUCGCUUCCGAAAAGAUUGCUCAAGGCUGAUUGUCAGGAAGUGGGUUGGGGAAGGAUAUCAGCAUUGCACAAGCUUGAGUGCACAUUGCUUCUCUUAAGUACUUCAUGUAUGUGCUUCCCCACCUCACUUUCUCCAAACAAAACUUGCUAAAAUAGUUUGUAUGCAUGGCAAAUAAUGAUUUAAGUGAAAACAGCAAACGAGAGUCACUCAGAAUACACAUACUAGGAUAUUAAGACAUUAAAUACUAGAAAAUGUACAUUAUAUAAAGUGUCCCUUUAAGAGGUUCAAAAAGUAUCUAAAUAUUUUCUUAACAAAAUAGAAUUCACCUUUUAAGCGUGAACUUUACUGCUGCCAACUGUUACUUUUACUUAAUGUAUCUGACAACAUGUGUGUGGUUGGGAACUAUUAUCAAAUAUUAGAAUGUAUUCUAUGAAUACCUUUGCAAUUGUUCACACUGUUAAUUUGGGUUUGGUGUUAUUUGCUUUCUGGUAAAUAUAAUGUUAAGCUAGGAAAAUUUAAAAAUUUAAUAUAUAUAUAUAUAUAAGCAGUCAGAGAACUGCAGAAAUAACACUGUGCAAGCUAACGGAGGAAAAAGCUGUGAAGCCAGUAUAUGCUACAUUCAUUAAAACCACGGCUCUUUAGGAGCAUACUCUGACAAACAAAUGUUCUGUCUGUUCAUAAUUUUCAAACCUGUUCAUCCACAGCAUGCAAUAGAACCAAUUGAGUUAUUAAAGCAAAAUUUAAAUUCCAUUACGUAAAGAAUUCAUUAAAAAUUAUAUUUCCAGCGGUAAACUAAAUAAUUGUAAAAAAAAAAAAAUGUUUGAUAGUGUUUUUUUUUUAUUGUAAACUAGAGUGGGAUUAUCUGUUUAGUGACUACACUGGGCAAACUUUUUUUAGGGGUGUUUUUUUAACAUGAGGGCAGAGGAAAGUUGGGCGCAACAUUGAGGGGAAGGAUUGUGCUAUGUUAUGUGAGUGACAGAGUUAAGUCUAUACAAAGGUGAUCUAAGAAGUACUGGUGCACAAAGGCUAGUUCAAGAACUGGAGAAUAAAGAGAAGGAAAGAGAUAUUAAUGUUUAAAGGGACUUUUGUGCUUGUGUUUAUUGGUGUGAGUAUGAAGUAUUGGAAGUGGAAAGUGAAAAAUAAAAACAAAAGAUAAUCCCAACAUGUGGAUUGGUGUUAACUCCUCCCCCUCAUAUCAGUGACUAAUAGAUGCCUGUCCAUUAAAGCGUCUGCUGUUCCAACCAACGGCCCCCUCUGUCUUUUGUGACUAUAAAAGCUGUAAUUCUGAAGGAGGGAUUUUAAGACGCUCUCUGGCAGGGGAAGGGUUAAUAUACUUGCAGUACUAAAACAUUUAGUGAAAGGGAGACAGUAUAAUUGAACUUUUAAAAUGCAUACGAUCAUCUGUGGUUGUUAUUUUAAAAAAUAUAUAUAUAAAAAAUAAUAAUAAUUUAACCCUAUAUUGCUAAACGUUGCUUUUAGGAAAUAGUCAAGAACAGAAGUUUUUUUGCUUUUGUCAAUAUAGGGUUUAACAAAGGCCUCAAUUUAGAUUUAUUUAGCUUUCUACUUACUAUUAAAAAUUAAUUCCAGGUUUUAAGAGUUUACAUACUCUCAUACAUCAUACAAAUAGGUAUAUCAAAUCCUAAUAAGAAAGGAAAUAUUUUUAAUGACCAGAUAUUUUAUCUAGAGACUUAUUUUGUUAAGAGAGUAUUUACGGAAAAUAGAAAAAUAAAAGCUUUAUUUAAAAAACAAAACCCAGCUCCAUCUUAAACAAUAUCAAUAUCUUUCAAAAAUAAACUGGCUAACAAGUAUUUAAUCUAGUUGUUUGUAACCUAGUUAUGUGCCCAUUACUGGAUUUAUCUGAAAUGUACAGGGUUGCUUUUUGUGUUAGUCAGUCAUUACUGUUGAUAAACUUCUGUUGCUUACAGUUUAGAUUUCAAUGUCCCACAGCCAAUACAAAAAUCAACCCAUAUGCAAUAUGUUCUAGCUUAGCACAGGGCACUGCUAGUAGUAUUUUUAGGGUCAAAUGUAUUUGCUUUUAAAUAUUGUAAAUUCAACAACUCACUAGUGAUUUAGGAGUGGAUUAUAUCAAAAUGACAAGACUGAUAUAGCCAUGGUAUUGUCAAUGUAUGGCAUUUGAUAUUUAACAGCACUAUAGUGCUGACAUAUCCAGAGCAGAGCUAUACUUUUUCAAUUAAUGAAAGCCUUGGAUUGAGAAAAUAUACAUUUAAAUGGGGCAGAAACAUCGGUCAUGCUGCCUUACACAUAUCACAUAAGUAAAAGACAGUUAAGGAAAAAUUUCGAUAUAUUUUAAUUGAGAGCUAUCUUAGGUCUGUUGUAACUGCCAUCUUUUUAACAGGGUGCACAAUGGGAAACGAGUUUGUUAACAUAUAAAAAAAUAAUAAUAAUUGCACUGAUGUAGAUGACUUUUUGAAGUUUUUUCUUGCUGUACCUUAAGUUAUUUAUAUAGGAUUUCCUUUCAGACUGAUUGACUUUCCAUUCAAUGACAUAGUUCAUAUUUGAGUGUGCAAGGUGGAAGGGUGCAGUAUAUGCUUUGCCAAAGGAUGUCAGAUGAGUGCAGAUGUAAGAAAAAUAAAGGUUUGAUUACUUGUGUAAAAAAUUAAAUUAAAUAAAUAAUAAAGUAAAAGAAGGUUACAGUGUAACUGUUUUGGUACUAGAACCAGUUCAUUCUGGCUGAAAAGUUACUGGUUUAUGGAUUUGCAUCUAUUUUGUAUUUUUGUAAUAUUUGUAAAUAUGAACUUUUUAAAUUGUUGCUUCUUUUGUAAAAUAUUUUCAAAGUUUACAUUAAUUCCAAGCCUUUGUAUAUUUUUGAGUUGUGCAUCACAUUAAGUCUUGUAUUUAUUUUUUAGUAAACAUUUGUGAAGUUCCAUUUCAAAUUCUUCUCUUAACCAUUUGCCAGGUAACUGGCUACUUAGUAACUGUGCAUAGAAAAGCCAAUAAAUGUGACUGCAUUGAAAAAUAUAAA